UUAAAACAAACUAGGGAGUACAACUGUACACAAGCAAGGAUAAGAAGACCUGCUACUCGCAGAGCCAAGUCCCUCUCCCUCCCUAACAAAACCAACUCUCUUCAUCGUCUUCUUCGUUUUCCUGCUCUCAGAUAAUUAGGGUUUCGGCUUUCCAAAGACUAAAAAAAUUCUCUACUCGGUCUGUGAACCCUGAUUUGGCGCUGAAAAGCUCGAAAUUAGGGUUUUUUUUUAACAUUUUAAGAAUGGUUGGUGAAGAGGGAAUGGGCAAUGGUGAGGGUACAGAAGAAAUAGUUCAGCCCUUAAAGAUUGAAGCAUUGGACAAUGGGUUUGGAAAUGACGGUGGUGAAGCAAGCUCUGGCAGUAGUGAAGGUUUUCGAACUUACAAGAGACGCAGGAGCACGAGGUCAAGUUUGGAUGGGAAAGGUCAACAGGAUGGGAAAUCUUUUAUGGAAGCUGCUAGAAGAUUGGCAGACCAGACUAUAAAGAAUGAUUCACAAGACCAUCUACGUGAGAAUCAUGCUUCUUUGAAUCAUUCAACUGACGCUUCACAGAGGCAGUGGAGAAAAUUUGUCCUUGACUACAUGUAUCAAUCAUCAAGUAAUGAUGACCAUGGCAUACAGAGGUGCAUCAGGGAUGCGCUUAUGAUGGCAGAAUCUGGUAACUGUAAUGCAGAAUGGCAUAAGUCACCUUCAGUGGGGCGGAUGCCUAAUGGAACUCACAGUACAGCUAAAGGGCAUGUAGGUGUCAUUUCAAAUGGAACCUUGGGAGAAUCACAGCAUCACAGUGUAACUGACUUGUGCCAACAUGCUUUCCUUAACAUCUUACUGUCAGAAAAGUUCACCUCUCUUUGUAAGCUACUGUUUGAAAAUUUCAAAGGAAUGACGACUGACAGCAUUUUUAGCCUGAAUUUCAUAGACAAAAAGAUGAAAGAGGGAGCUUAUGAACGUUUGCCUGUGCUUUUCUGUGAGGAUAUUGAGCAGUUCUGGAGAAAACUUCAAGGUUUUGGUGCUGAAUUAAUCUCUCUCGCAAAGAGCCUAUCAGACAUAUCAAAGACAUGCUAUAAUGGACGGGUGGGAGGAUUAGUACACUGUACAUUUGAAGAUAAAAAGCAUGAGGAUUCCAAUUCUCAUGGUAAGCCAGAGCAAACAGAUGCUUGUUAUGUCUACAGAGUCUGCAGUUGCAUUCGUUGUGGGGAGAAGGCAGAUGGGAGGGAUUGUUUAGUUUGUGAUUCAUGUGAGCAAAUGUACCAUGUCUCUUGUAUUGUGCCAGCUGUCAGAGAGAUCCCCCCCAAAAGCUGGUACUGUCACAACUGCACCACAAGUGGAAUGGGAUCCCCUCAUAAGAAUUGUGUAGCAUGUGAGAGAUUGAGUUGCUGCAGGACCCAAAAUAAUCAAGCUGAUGAUGAAAUUGGUUUAUCAACUCAAGAACCAUUCAAUGAUUUUGAAGAGGCAUCAAAUUUUAGCGCGAAUAAUGAGAUCAAACUUUCAUCAGAAGGGACUGGAAACGUGUGCACCUGUAAAAUCUGUGGAAGUCCAGUGGGUAAUGGAGAGAAGAUGAAGAUUUGCGAUCACUCUGAAUGCCCUGGCAAGUACUACCAUGUGAGAUGCUUGACAACGAGGCAGAUAGAUUCAUGUGGUCAUUGUUGGUAUUGCCCUUCUUGUUUAUGCAGAGUGUGCAUCACUGAUAGAGAUGAUGAUAAGAUUGUUUUAUGUGAUGGCUGUGACCAUGCGUACCACCUUUAUUGCAUGAUUCCACCACGGGUUUCUGUACCAAAAGGGAAAUGGUUUUGCAGACAGUGUGAUGUGAAAAUACAGCGAUUACGCAGGGUACGGAGGGCAUAUGAGAAAUCUAAAAGUCAUCGGAGAAAGAAUGAUGAGGGGGUUAAAAAGGAAUCUGAAAACCUCAAGGAACUUUAUGAGGGUGGAGAAGAAUCAGAUAAAGGUAGAGGAAUGGACAUGCUUAUAACUGCAGCACUAAAUUGUGAAGUUGGCUGCCAAUCGAAUGAAGAGUUGAAAAGCAUGUAACAUUUUCAGGAGAUUACAAGAUAAAAGUCAAGUUUUUGAUCAUAUAUCAUGCUGAUUUUGUCUGCGUAACUGAUUCCAAGAAUCUUGACUAUGCCGCUUUACAGGGGAUGAAUAUUUUCAGUAGGUUGUAAACUCGUAGGUUUUGCUGAUUGCUGACUUGGAUACACGAUUCCUGGCAGGCUCAUGAUAUGUAGGCUUGUAUAUUUACUGGUUUGCAACUAGCAAAUACAUGACAUGGAGUGACAAGGAUCAGGGAAUCAUAAGAUAUGUGUUGGAGAUGAUGUUUUUAACAGUGAACGGCCAACAUUCCGUUCAUUUUGUACUAAAUACGGUUCAUUCUUUGUAAGGGGAAAGCUAUUUCUGACAGUAAUGUUGUGAAAUGAGAAACUGUUCCCAAAUCUCAAACAACCAGACUUUUUAAAGACAAGGAACAUUUUCUUCUGUACUUGAAGAAGUUCAACUUUU